UGAAACUCAUAACUCAUAAAUUCAUUACCACCUCUACCUCCGUCCUCCACCACAACAAAACAUGUCCACCGGAAAACCAAAACUCCUCUUCCUUAUUCUCAUAUAUUUAACCAACACAAUCGCCUCGGCUCAACCCGAUUUCCGAUCCUACGUCUGCGGAGACCGUGGUAACUACACCACAAACAGCACAUAUCAAACAAACCUCAAAACCACACUCUCCACUCUCAACACCACCAACUCCGGCUUCGGCUUCUUCAACCUCUCCAUCGGCCAAGCCGACAACCGAGUCCACUCCGCCGCACUUUGUCAAGGCGAUAUGGACCCGGAUUUAUGCCUGAGCUGUUUGCAUGACUCCAUCAUCAAGUUGCCACAAGUCUGUCCUAACAAAAAGGAAGCAAUAGGAUACUACGGCAGGUGUAUGUUAAAAUACUCCAAUGUUGAAGUAAUUGGGAACAUGCUAAUGGAAGGUUCUGGGAUUCUGGUGAACACACAAACCGCAUCGGAUACAGACCGGUUCGUUGGGGCUCUGGACCCGUUGAUGAACAUGCUGAAAGCCGCUGCGGCUGCUGGUGAUUCGUUGCUGAAGUUUGCGACGGGGAACACGACGGGGUCGGAUUUCGAGACCAUUUAUGGGCUUGUGCAGUGUACUCCGGAUUUGUCGGAGACGCAGUGUACUGAUUGUGUGGAGGAUGCGUAUAGUGAGUAUGUGAGCAGUGGGUCUAGAGGGAAAAUUGGAGGGACGGUUUUUAAACCCGUGUGUAGAUAUAGUUAUGACAUUAUACGGUUUUAUAACGGGAGUACUAUGGUCAUCCCUGCACCCCCACCGCCGCCAAUCUUGCAGGCGACUCCUCCCGUCUUAUCAACGCAACCACCCUUACCAGGUAAAGGUUCUAAUACGACCAAAUAUGUGAUAAUAGUAAUUGCUAUUGUGACCAUUGGUGUCAUAAUAAUUGUUUCAAUUUAUUUCCUCUUAAAAAUGAGGAGGAAGAAGAAGCAAAAUCCCGUACCACCCACAAAUACUGAGAAUGAAACCACAGAAAUCGGUGACGCUGAAUCUUUGAAAUACAACUUUAAUGUAGUGAGAGUAGCAACAAAUAAUUUCUCUAAAGAGAAUAAGCUUGGACAAGGUGGAUUUGGAGCAGUUUACAAGGGUACCCUUGGAGACGGACGUGAAAUAGCAGUAAAAAGGCUAGCAAGAGAUUCUGGACAAGGUGAAGUAGAAUUCAAGAAUGAGGUUUUGCUCCUUGCAAAGCUUCAACAUCGUAAUUUGGUUAGACUGCUUGGUUUUAGCUUAGAAGGAAGUGAACGACUUCUCAUUUAUGAGUUCUUGUCAAAUGCAAGUCUUGAUCAAUUUAUAUUCGAUCCAAAUAAACGUGCCCUUCUUGACUGGAAAAUACGAUACAAGAUUAUUAAAGGCGUUGCAAAGGGACUUCUAUACCUUCAUGAAGACUCUCGUCUAAUGAUAAUUCAUCGUGAUAUGAAAGCUGGUAAUGUUUUGUUAGAUGCAGAAAUGAACCCUAAAAUUGCAGAUUUUGGCAUGGCAAGAUUGUUUAAUCCUGAAGAAACUCAAGGUGAAGCAAGUAGAAUUGUUGGAACUUAUGGUUAUAUGGCUCCAGAAUAUGCUAUGCAUGGGCAAUUCUCGGUAAAAUCAGAUGUCUUUAGCUUUGGAGUGCUGGUGAUGGAGAUUGUAACCGGACAAAAGAACCAGUGUUUUCAGAAUAGAGAGAGUACAGAGAGUACUGAAUACCUUCUUGGAUUUGCAUGGAAAAGUUGGCGAAAUGGGACAAUAACAGAUAUAAUAGAUCCCACAUUGAAGGCGAGAUCAGGACCAAUGAAUGACAUCAUUAGAAGUAUUCACAUUGGGUUAUUAUGUGUUCAAGAAGAGGUUAGUGAUAGACCAACAAUGUCAUCGGUUGUUUUAAUGCUUAAUAGUUAUUCUCUCUCACUUCCAGUACCAUCAGAACCUGCAUUUUUUGGGAACAAUAACACUUUUCACAGAUAUGUUUCUUCCUUAACGUCGAGCAAUGAUUCAGCAAACCGUAAAGUAUCAAAACCGACAUCAUCCCAGUGUUCAAAAAAUGAUGUUUCAAUAUCCGAUAUAGUUCCUAGAUAAGUUUAUAAUACUUUUGAUGUAUUUGUACUAUCUUAAAAUACUUCAUCUAAUACUACCACUGUAUUAAAAAAUUCAAUAAGACAGUUUGUAUGUAGGUAUAAUCUUGUAUGUUUGUAUAAAUUUGUAAAAGCAAUUAAGUUAAUUUGUAGUACA